AGAAGUUCUGAGUGUGUGUGUGUGAGUGUGUUUGCGAGUGGAUGCGCGUGAAGGAUGCUUCAGAAAUUCCCUUCAGUGCAUCGGGAAAACAGUGUGAAUUUAACAACAAAAGAGGAGCAUCCUCAGAGAUUAUCACAACAAAUAUUUAAUUUAGGUAACGUUAACUCUGAUAUAUCGUGCCAGUUAUAAUACAACUUUCUGACAGUCUGGAGUAGGAUGAAACGUGUGAUGUAAAGGGAAGAUACGCGACAUUAGCUAGCUUGAUUAUCUGUACGUUUAACUUCUUUAAUUAUUUAAAUAAUCAUGGAUUUAGCGUUGCCCAACUAGGGCUCUUGUAGUUGUAAAUUUUGCAUAAUGUAUGUUUGUUACUUAUGGGCAUCUAACUGUUUUCCACAGUAUGUUGUUUGGCGUAUGAAAUUUCUGCUUCAACUACACUGUUUCCGAGUGCAUUUUAAGAUAACAAACCAGUAGUGCUAACCGCGGUGCUGCUAAAUAGGCCCAGUUGGAAAUGACGUUAUUUAAUGAGCAUUAACGUUAGCUCGCUAAUCUGUUGGAUUGAAAGCAACGUUGCAUUUUGAAACAUUUAUUCCAAUGGCAAUACCUAGCACUAGCACGUUAGCCUUUCGUGUACGGAGUGUCCCUUUUCGUUUCUCAAGGCAGUUUUUCCUUGGGAACACCGUUUGUGUUUAGCAUGGUGGCUAGCAGAGGCGUUUUUGUUUUCUUUUUGUCGAGCGUUUGCUAACACUAGCAGCGACAAAUGGCAGUGUUAGUUAGCGCCAUGGCUAGCUAAUCUUUCUCAUUGGGAGAAGUUGAGUGAUGGAAGCAAAUAAUCAUUUUAACUAUGGCCAACACUCGUCUGUGUCUGCAAACUCAGGACUGAAGCUUUCCUCAGGGGAUUCUCUCUAUACUAAUGGGUCCUCCAUGAGCUUCCCCCAGCAAGGGAAAAACAUAAACGGCGACAUGAAUGUGAAUGGCAUCACUACUGCAAUCGGGAGCAGCCAGCCCGGUGGCCCUCACCCCCCUCCCUCGUCCUCUUACCCCCACAUGAGCAACCACCACCACCAGGGCAGCAUGGCGCCGUACGACUACCUGUGGGGGCAGCCCCAGUACAGCCCGGCCAUGUCGUCCGGCACCACCGCGCACGCCAUGCACCAGAAGCAGGGCUCCCCGGGGGUGCUGCCCCAGAGCCAGCACCACUUCCAGGGCCACGGACAGUAUCAGGUGAACGGGGUGAUGGGUCAGGGCGGCGGGCUGGGGGCCGGGCAGUACUGGGGCCGGCCGAGCCCGUCGCAGCAACAGGGCGGUCCAUCCAUGGCCAUGGGCUACAACUCCCACGGCAUGUACGGCGGCUACCAGAGCCAGGUGCAUCCGGGCCUGUCGCCCGCCCAGCAUCACCAGCAGUCAGCGAUGGGUCACCAGGGCCACCAUCCGCACCACCCGCACCCGCACCACCCCCACGCCCACCACCACCCGCAGCAGCAGCAGCACUACGGGAUGGUGCCCAACGGGAUGCCCUACUACCAGCACCAGCCUCAGCAUCCCUCGCAGCACCCGCCCCUGCCCUCCCCUCAGCCCCAGCACCCUGCCCAGCACCCGCCCCUGCCCUCUCCUCAACCACAGCACCCUUCCUCCCACCAGCAGCUCGCCUCCCCCCAGCCGCAACACCCUUCCUCCCACCAGCAGCUCGCCUCCCCCCAGCCGCAACACCCGCCCCAGCAUCAGACCCUCCCCUCCCCGCAACACCCAGCCCAACAUCAGACCUUGCCCUCCCCGCAACACCCUGCCCAACACCAGACCCUCCCCUCCCCGCAACACCCAGCCCAACAUCAGACCUUGCCCUCCCCACAACAUCCUCCACAACAUCAGACCUUGCCCUCCCCGCAACACCCACCCCAACAUCAAACCCUGCCAUCUCCCCAGCAUCCGCCCCAACACCAAACACUGCCCUCUCCCCAACACCCUCCCCAGCACCAGCCUCUCUCCUCCCCCCAGCCCUCCUCCCAGAUGAUGCCCCCCACCUCCCAGAACUUCACCCCUCCCAGGGGCAGUCCCCAGCACCACCACAUGGGGCGCGGCGCCACGGGGAGCCCCCUGCCCAUGCAGGUGCCCAUGAUGUCCCCCUCGGCCGUGCCCGACGCAGGCUCCCCGCAGAGCCGGGACAGUCCUCUUGGAAGCAGCAUGCCCUCCGUGAUGCAAGGGCGUCUUGGUGAUGCGUAUAAAGAGGUGGACAAAGGCUACAACGGGGUGCAGCAGCAGCAGCAGCAGCAGCGGCAUCCCAAAGCCGACAUCGCCUACCCGCCCAGGCCGCCCAGCCACCACAUGGUGCCCGCCGGGGACUACCAUCAGCGGGUACCCCCCCACCCUGGCAUGGACGUGGAGUCUCUUCACAAGGCACCGCAGCGCCACGACAUGGGUGGAGGAGGAGGAGGAGGCAUGAGGGAGCCCAUGCACCCGUCAGUCUCUUCCCCACCUCCUCUUCUCUCCACACCGCCACGCCAAACCCCGUCUGCACCUCCUCCCUCUGUGCAUCAUAUGACUGCCUCGGAACCCCCACCCUCUUCCUCCUCUUCCUCUUCGUCACCUCCUCAGGUCGGGGCCAAGAUGCCUCCUCACGGUGGGAGCCCGCUCUCGUCGGCUCCAUCCCCCAUGCUCUCCUCCCCUCCGCUGAUGGUCCAAGGCCUGAGGCCCCUGCCUCCUCAUGGGGCCAUGCCGCCUCAUUCCUCGGGACCGGGAAGCGGUGCAGGAGGGGGACCACCGCCAGAGCUGAUGCCCAUGGGCUCCUCGUCAAUGUCCGGUCCUCCACCUCUCAUGGGACACCUCCCCAGGUCGCAUCCGAUGGCCGGCUCUUCUCCCGCGGGAAGGUCUUCGCCAUCUCCCUCGCUCAUGUCCGUGUCGCACCUGUCCACUUCCGCUGCUGCUCCUCCUCCUUCUCACCACUGGAGCGCACCUCCCAUGUCCCCCACCCCACACUCCCACUCCCACUCGGCCUACGGACCUCCUCCCCAGAUGCCCCAACCCCAUCCUCCUCCUCCCACACUUGUGGAGUUGAAACCCCUCUCCUCGCCCGUGUCUUCGCCCUCCAAGGUUGCCCACCCGACACCCCGGCUGGAGAGGGAGCUUCUUGCCCGGCCUCUGUCUCCGGUGUCUGGCCCACCUCCUCCCUCAGCUACAGUGGUGGUCCCUGGUCCCUCUCCCUCCUCCGGGAUGUCAGUGGCCUCCAUGGCCGCCUCCUCCCUCUCCUCCUCCUCCUCCUCCUCCUCCUCCUCUUCCUCUCCUCGGGAGGCCCACGCCUCGUCGCCCUCAUCUGCGUCCCCUCAGAAGGCCAGCGUUCCAUCACCCACAGUGGUGUCAUCGCUGACCUCCUCUCUUCCCGACUCGUCAUCCGCACGAGCACCUCCCUCUUCGGGACCACCCAACGUCAGGCCAACUCAAGUCUCCACUCCACCUCCUCCAGCUCCCGCGGUGAGCUCCAGCGCCCCUCAGGCUGCCUCCGUGUCUCUUCCUGCUUCUGGUGCUUCAGCGCCUCCCAAAGCAGUCUCGGCUCUGCCCGCCGUCUCUGCUCCUACUCAGGCCGCCACCGCUCCUCCAGGAGGCUCCAUGCCCCCUCCUCCUACUCCGACACUUACACCUCCUCAGCCUGUCUCUGGACUGCCUGCUGUGUUCUCCUCCUCCUCCUCUCCCCCUGAAGCAGGCUCUGCUGCACCACCAAGCCUCCCUGCGCUGCCCCCAGCCCUCAAGGCUGCCUCCCCGUCUCCAGCCUCCUCCCCUGCAUCCUCUGCCGCCUCCUCACCUCCUCAGGCAGCUGGGCCAGCCUCACAAGGCUCGGUCCAGCAGGACUCUAGCAGUUUUGCUGGUAAGGACUCCACCCUUCGCAAAGCUGCCCGCAAGGAGGAGGAGGAGGAGGAGGAGGAUGAGAGCGAUUCAGAGCCGGAGAGGGAUGAAGUCGAUAUGAACUUCCCAGAGUCCGACUCCCCUGAUGAGGCGUCAGCCGCCAGCUCUCCGGAGCGACCCCGUGAUUCCAGUACCGAGACCUCCGAGGUCCCCAGCAAGGCGGAGAGCCUAAAAAGAGACACUUUGCCUGAGAAUGAGAAGGCCCAGCCAUCACCUGUUGCAAAAGACCACACUGACACACCAACACGGAAGAUGGCGUCAUCAUCACUCGAUGAGUCUUACGACACGCCAAGGAAGAUGGCGUCAAGGCUUGAUGACACCUACAACACGCCAACGAGGCCGCUGUCUUCAACACUCGACGACACCUACAACACAUCUAUGGACUACACCACCUCCAUGGCCGAAUCCACGCGCCUGGACAGCUCCCAGGCCGAGGACAGCAGCGCCAUGGAGGAGGGGGGCACCACGUUUGACGACUCCCGGGUGGACGGUGACACCACUGCUGUCACCAACGACGAUGAGCCAUCCGCGCUGCUAACCGAGGACUCGGAGGCCGCAGAAGAAGAAGAUGAGGAAGAGGAGGACUCCAGCCAGGUGACGGCCAAUGACACCAAGGAGGAUGGCGAGGAAGGUGACUAUGACGGUGACUACUCGUCUCAGGUGGACGAGAUUGCGAAUGAGAGCAUGCAGGACAGUUGCCUGAGCCCCAGGGAGUCUGGCACAGAGGACGACGAGGAGCGUUCUCGAUCUCAGCUGAAGGACUCUGUGAUGAGCGGUGACGAUGACGGCGACUCGCAGAACGACGUCUCUCAGUUGUCAACGGACGAGCAGUACCUCACGAGACCGGCCACUAAAGGCCCAGAGGAAUGUGAAGACAGUAAGGCAGCGGAGGCUGAGGAAGAGAAAGAAAAAGAGGAUGAGGAGGAGGAGGAUGUGGCGAUGGAGGUGGACGCAGAUGGCCGUGACGCUCCAGACUGUGCCCCUCCUCCAGCUGCCACCACCACAGUCGCCCCAGCUGGCAUGACGGCGGGCACCCCAACAGCGAUGCCCGACGACCAGGGCUGGCAAGAGAAAGUGGCUGUGCCAACAACGGCAGCCGCAGCAGCAGACCUCCAGACCCUCCUGGAGAUGCCAGCCAAGCCGCUGCCCUCUUCUCUGCCUACCUCAGCCUUGGCCUCAGUCUCAGCUUCAGUCUCCCUGGCAACAGCACCCCCUCCCCCUCCAGCCAAGCCUGCCGCAAAGAGGGGCAAAGCUGCCAAGCAAGAUUCUCCAGCAGGCCAGAAGAAGGCCACCGCUGCUAAGGUCCCAAAGGCACCAAAAGCCCCGAAGGUCCCAAAGGUUCCAAAGGUCGCGAAAGUCCCAAAGGUCCCGAAAGUCCCGAAAGACCCCAAAGACCCCAACGAGGAGAAGGAGAAACCCAAGCGCAAGAGGAAGAAGAAGGACGACGCGGAUGAUAAAGAACCUGCUAAACCCGGGAGGAAGAAACGCAAGAUCUCCAUAGACGAUGCAGCCGGCGUGCCCACCACUGGCCCCAUAGAGAUGUCCCCUCUCGCUGCCCUAACCUCUCUCGUGACCGGAGGUGGCGGCGGCGCUACUGACCAGAGCCUGCUGGGCGCUCAGACGCCUCCUGUUAAGCCUAAGAAGCCCAGGAAACCAAGGACGCCCAAGCCCAAGGUACCAGUAGCCACACCAGCAGUAGCAGCAGCAGCUGGAGCUGGAGCAGUUCCUGGUGUCACCCCCACAGCUGAUGGGCAGCCUGCUCCCGUGGCCGGCGAGACGCCUCCGGUGAAGGUCAAGAAGCCUCGUAAGCCCCGGACACCAAAGGUGAAGGAUGGCACCCCAAAGGUGAAGGACGGCACCCCAAAGGUGAAGGACGGCACCCCGAAAGCAACCAAAGCCUCCAAGGCCAAGGACGAGACCAAGGACACCCCCAAAGCAGAGCAGGAGAAGGACAAAGAAGCAGAGGAUGAGGAGGGCUCCACCGCAGGAGACGCUCCAAAGACUCGGAGGAUUGCCACAGAGGAGCAGGUCCAGUUCCCUCUUCUGCAUGGGUGGAGGAGGGAGGUGCGCGUGAAGAAGCAUGAAGACCGGCUGAAAGGAGAGACCUGGUACUACACUCCCUGCGGGAGGAGGAUGAAACAGUUCCCCGAGAUCAUCAAGUACCUGCGGAGGCACGAGGCCGAGGUGGGCGAUGUGACCCGAGAGCACUUCAGCUUCAGUCCACGCAUGCCUGUUGGAGACUUCUACGAGAUGCGCGACACGCCAGAGGGGGCGGAGUGGUUCCUGCUGGCCAAUGAGGAGGUGCCCUCCAUGAUCAUGGCCAUCACGGGCCGGCGAGGCCGUCCUCCUAACCCAGACAAGGAGAAGCCGACCCGGACGCGCGUCAGGCGGCCCAAGGGCACCCCCGGACGUCGGCCUGGCAGACCACCCAAGACCAACGCGGAAGACCUGCUCAGUAAAGUGGACGCCAGGACCCUGAAAAGGCUUCAAGCUAAGGGUGAAAAGGACCUUACUGAUGAAGACAAGGAGAAACUGGUCAAGAUCAAGAAGAAGAUGAAGCGAAAGGCAAGACUGAAGCGCAAAGAAGAUGCCAAAAACAAGGCCAUCAGGCAGGAAAAGAAGAAAGCUAAGGAGGAUAAAGCCAAGGAUGGCCAACCCCAAGAUGAGGAAGGAGUGAAACCAACCGAGCCCGGGCAACCCCAGCCUGGACUACCCACCGACCAGACCACCCCUCCAUCCAUUACCACCCCCGAGCCCAAGAAGCCCGGCCGCAAGAAGCGCGUGCAGACCCCCGAGGAGAUGGAGAAGGCGGGCCAGGUGAAGAGGGUUGCUGGAGCCCGUAGCCAGGCCAAGGCGCUGGCCAAGGCCCAGGCGGAGGCGGAAGCCCAGGCCCAGGCAGCGCUGGCGGCCAAGAGGGCUGCGGAGAGGAGGGCCCAGGCCCAGCGGAGACUGGAGGAACGCAAGAGGCAGCAGCAGAUCCUGGAGGAGAUGAAGAAGCCCACAGAGGACAUGUGCAUCGCAGACCACCAGCCGUUCCCGGAGCUGUCCCGCAUCCCCGGCGUGGUGCUGUCUGGCCGGGCCUUCUCCCACUGCCUGGUGGUGGUGGAGUUCCUGCACAGCUACGGCAAGGUGCUGGGGCUGCAGGUGCCCAAGGACGUGCCCAGCCUCAACACGCUGCAGGAGGGCCUGCUGGGGGUCGGGGAGAGCCAGGGCGAGCUCAUGGACCUCCUCAUCAAGCUGGUGGAGACCGCCCUGCACGACCCGGGACUGCCCUCUUACUAUCAGUCGGUGAAGAUCUUGGGUGAGAAGCUGGUGGAUCUGGAGCUGAGCUACAGCACAGUGUCCGAGUGCCUGCGCAUCUUUCUGGAGUCGCACGGCUUCGAGCCGGAAGUGUGCAAGAGCCUGCACACCAAGAGCUUCCAGUCUCUAGAGCCAGACGUGAAGGCCUCCAUCCUGGCCUUCUUGGUGGAGGAGCUGAACGCCAGCAACACCGUUACCAGGGACAUUGACAACACACUGGAGAAUAUGACUACCUACAGGAAAAACAAAUGGAUCAUUGAGGGGAAACUUCGCAAACUGAAGGCGGCGCUGGUGCGUCGUACGGGCCGCUCUGAGGAGGAGCUGUGUCUGACUCUGGACGACCGGCGGAGGAGCACGCGAGCGGGGCUGGCGGAGGAGGAGAGCCUGGAGGAGAGCUCCAUGCUGGACAGGAGCAGCCGGAGAGGACGCGGAGUCAAGGAGGAGCCCAAGCUCACCGAGGCCGAGAGCCCCACCAACGCCAGUAUCCCCGAACUGGAGAGGCAGAUAGAUAAGCUAAGCAAGCGCUCUGCAUUUUUCCGCAAGAAGCUGCAGCAGGCGUCCCAUUCCCUGCGGGCCGUGUCUCUGGGUCAGGACCGCUACCGGCGCCGGUACUGGCUGAUGCCACACAUAGGGGGCAUACUGGUGGAGGGGCCUGAGGAGGUUUUGGACUCCGGAGACGUUCUCCUGACUGACGAGCCCAUGGUGUACGUGAAGAGAGAAGUGAAGGUGGAGGUGAAAGCCGAGGAGCCCCUGUCUCCCGUCACGACGCCCAUCACCCCCACGGUCACGGCCACGGCCACCCCUCGCUCCCCUCGCUCUGGCUCCCCCCGCGCCUCCGGCAGCGGCAGCAUGGGCUCCCCGACGGAGGUGGACCCCCUCCCCGGCGAAGCCUCCCUCAUGAGCAGCAGCACCAGCAGCCCCCGAGGCCGCGGCCGCCCCCGCAAGAUCAAACCCGAGGUGGAGCUGCACCUCCGCACGGCCAAGAAGGGCAGGCGGCGACGCAGCAAGUCCGGCGCCGACGAAUCUACGGACGACGCCGCGGCAGCCAAAGCAGGCGUCCAGGCGGGCCUCACACAAGCGGCGCUCACGGCUUGGCUCAGCCAGGCGCAGGUCGCCGGCGCCCCCCAGGAUCCAGCGGUGGCGGCAGCCGUCUUGGCGGCGGUGUCUGCGGCCGGAGGCAGGGUGCCGGAAGACGGGAGCCUGACGGAUCAGGCCCUGAAGGAGCUGGCCGAGAAGCAGGCUCAGCUCCUGACCAAGACGCCUCUGCCUUGCCACGCCUCCGGACUCUCAGAGCCCUGUCUGCCCUCCCCCAACGCCACGUCGCCCUCCAAGGAGCUACCCACCUCCCCCAAGAAGGAGGAGACCCCCGGCACCCCCGUGCUACAGACUGUUUCCACACCCCUCUCACAGACGCCAAUCCAGAUCCCUGUGCAGGUCCCCGUUCUGCCUGGAGCCCUGACUCCCGGCUUGCUUCCGGCUCUACCACUGUUAACUGGCGCUGCUGCUGCUGCUGCUGCUCCCCCGGCCUGCUCCACCCCGGUGCAGAAGCCCACCAGGCGGAGGAGGAGAGGCAGCAGCCCGGCCCGCCGACCCUUCACCCGGCCCGGCACGGGGAAACGCCGCGGACGCCCACCCUCCACCGCCUUCCACGAGAUCGAGCAGAAGUACCUUUCGCAGCUCAUCGUCAAGCCAAUCCCCAAAGAGAUGGUCCGAGGCUGGUGGUGGGUGAAGGAGCCUGCGGAGCUGACUGCCAUCCUGCAGGCCCUACAUCCUCGUGGCGUGAGGGAGAAGGUCUUGCACAAGCACCUCACCAAACACCUGGAGUUCCUCUCUGAGGUCUGCUCCAGGGCCAUCAACGACCCGGUGUUCAAGCGUGAGCAGGAGGAGGGCAGUUCGGUGCUGGAGGUCCUGAGUAAGCCCUGGCCGGAGGUGCCCAAAGCCCUGCAGGCGGACAUCAGCGCCCUGCAGUGGGUGGAGGACCUGGAGCUCAGAGUCACAGCAGCAGACCUGCACCUCAAGAUGGCUCCUCCAAGUGGGACCAGUGAAGGAGGGGAACAAAGCACAGAGGAGCCUCCACCAACAUUCCAGGCGUACACGGUCCCGGAGCCCGACUCAACCCGCGAGGACCUGGUGUUCCACGAGCACGAGGUGGACCCGCGGGACGACUGGAUCGUGCGCACUAAGAAGGAGUGGUCGGACCUGCUGCGGCUGCCCACCAACCCCCUGGACCUGGCCGUCAUCCGGCUGGCCAACCUGGAGCGUAACAUUGAGCGCCGCUACCUGAAGGAGCCACUCUGGAACCAGGCCGAGGUCAUGCGCCUGGCCCCCCUCACCCCCACGCCGGGGGAGGAGGUGCCCAUGGAUGCAGGGAGUUUGGAGAGUGAGAUCACUCCAAGGCUGAGGACAUGGCGGCAGGCCCUUGACCGCUGCCGGAGUGCUGCCCAGGUCUCACUGUGCAUCAUGCAGCUGGAGAAAGCCAUCGCCUGGGAGAAAUCCAUUGUCAAGCUGACGUGUCAGGUGUGCCGAAAAGGCGACAACGAUGAGUACCUGCUUCUGUGUGACGGCUGUGACCGCGGCUGGCACAUGUUCUGCCUCCGACCCAAGAUGGUGGAGGUGCCCGACGGCGACUGGUACUGCCCCAUCUGCAUUUCCACUAUGGACGAGGGUGGGGUGCGUCCUCAGCGCUCGGCCAGGCAGCGUGCUCGACGGCGCAAGCGGCGUCUGGGUGCGUACGUGGGCGAGAGCUCGGAGGAGGACGAGAGCCCGCGCCGGGCGGCAGGCGUUAGCACGCGGCAGAAAGACGCCCCCGCCACCACCGCAGCCAGCAGCUCCAACGGAACGGCAGGCGUCUCGCCAAACAAGCGCCGACGCAUGACCACCCGCAACCAGCCCGACCUCACAUACUGCGAGAUCAUUCUGAUGGAGAUGGAGGCGCAUGCGGACGCCUGGCCCUUCCUGGAGCCGGUUAACCCGCGCCUGGUCCCCGGCUACCGCCGCAUCAUCAAGAACCCCAUGGACUUCCUCACCAUGAGGGAGAGACUGCUCACCGGCGGGUACUGCAGUGUGGAGGAGUUUGCCGCGGACGCCCAGCUGGUCUUCAACAACUGUGAGCAAUUCAACGAGGACACCUCUGAGGUGGGCAUCUGCGGACACGCCAUGAGGCGCUUCUUCGAGAGCCGCUGGGCCGAGUUCUACAAAGACAAGGACGGCAAAUGAAGACGAGGGCCGGGAUUGGCUGUGAAUCCUGGGCAGAGCCUUGUAUUUGUUUUUGUCCCACCUCUCCUCUUCCACACACGUUGAUGUCGCCUACAUUUCCCACACCUCCCCCCCUCACCCCCAAGACUGCCACUGGGAGCUUCCCUUCCAGCAUCCUUGUAUACAUGUAUGUACAUAUAUAUCUACAGUUUGUUCAUUAUUAUUUGUCCACUUUUUUUUGUUUUAUAUUUUAUUUUAUAUUUUACAUUUUGUUUUUAAUAUUUUAUGUGCCCCCCCCCCCCUCCUCGGAUCAUCAAAGUUCUCAACCAUGGGACAUUUUUAAGGCUGCAAAACAGAAGCCUAAAGAGAGAGAGGGAUCCACUUGAUGGAGGAGAGGGGACAUGUCCCUUCAACCGUGCAAGGGAAACCCUCAUUCAGCCCAUGGCGAUUCCCACCUCCACCUCACCCCAACUGCGUCACAGGAGUCAGGCCCUGAACCAGAGAACUGUUUCGGUUCUGGGCAUCUCCUUUUGAUUUCCGACCGAACACAUUUUUUUUUCCCUCCUCUGUUCCAGUCGGACCACCCUGUUGCGACACAGUUCGGCUCGGUGGACAGGACCCCCUCAGGUUUAUUCCCGCCCCCUCUCCUCUCCUCUCCCCUCUGGACCAGUAAGCAAGACCAUGAGAAACUGAGUUGCUGUUAACCACAAGUGUCACACAGGUCACAGACUGCCCCUUCCUUCCAUGUACCUCCUCUUCCCCCCCUCCAAAACCUGUUCUGGCCAUUGCCACUAUAGGCCAUUUUUUGUGUGCACCUCCUCUCCCCCCACCUCUCACACGCCCCAGUAUAUUUUUUAUUAUGAUAUAUUCUAUAUACAUAUAAAAAUUUAAAAUAGCUGGGAUUAUUUAAUAGCAAUAGCUCGUAGUGACUGUACAGACCAACACCGUAGAGAUGUAUAGGUGAUUUCAUGAAAUGGCCAGUAAAAAGUGAUUUUAAAAAAGGAGCAUUUAUCCUUUAAAAAACAAAAAAAUAACAAAAAAAGCUAUAUAUCCUGGAUCAUGCACACCCCUGCAAUGCACCCCCAACCACCCCUCCCCCACCCCCUCCUACUCCUUGCUUGUCCUCCCCCUCGCUGCUUGUAGAGUGCUGUUCAUCAACUUGCGCUGUUGACCUACUUCUGUUCUCUCAUCUUCCAAUCUGUUUGCCCUCCUCUUAGCUGAUCACCACCCUCCUCCUACUCUUCUGAGCUGAUCAUAGUGUUUUGUGGCGAUGACUACGUAGUCUGACUCAUCAGCAGAAAGUGUGUGACCACAUGUUAGGAGAUCGUAAUGAUGAGCAGCACCGAAGUUGUGAUUUUGACCUCUCUCUCUCUCUCCCUCUCGUUCUCUCUCUCUCCCUUUCUCUCUCUCUCUCUUUCUCUCUCUCUCUCGAUCUUUCUCUCUCACUGCUAGUUUGUUUAGCAGCUACCAUGCCAAGGCACCCCCCGCUACCCCUAACUUCCUCCUAACCUGCCUCUCCCAUACGCUUUCGCCGAUUUAUUCAAUAGUCUGUCAAAAAGAGAAAAAGACUGAUUCAAUAGUGGUUUUAAAAAAAGAAAGGUUAUGUGUAUAUACAUUGGGAAUACAGAAAGUAUAAAUAUGUGUUACCGAUAUUUGUCCUUCGUGGGAAGUGUUUGGUUUAUGAUUAUGACAGUUGCGGCACACUUGCUGCUUUAGUUCUCAGUACCGUAAAAGUCCAGAACUGUUUUAAAAGUAUGUUCUAUCUCUCUCUUUCUCACACACACACCUUUAACUUUCCAGGGUCGUCUUAGACGAAAAAAAAUUAAGCCUCAAAAUAGACCUCAUUAGUCUCAGCACAGCUUCUGGUGAUAUUUGGCUUUGGAAGUAAAUUGUAUCCAGACAGCACUUGUUCAGAUGUAUUCACUGGGAACAAUUAAAAAUAGUUGUACAUUUUUCUUCCGUAGUGCUCUGACAAAAGCUGUAUCUAGCUGUCUUGGACCUGGCGUUGACGUUAACGUUAAUAGAUUUGUGGCAAAGGCCGCAAAUCUCAUACAAACUAAGAGACAUUGCAUCGACCACAUGAAGUGAUUUUUUGUUUCUGUUUUUAUUUUAUUUUUUAAAAGGACUUGAAUUGGCCAAAGGCUAUAUAUAUGGUUAACUAACAGCGUUGUUGAUAGGAAAUGCAUAGCUUACAGGUAUAUGUGAUGUUUCUGGAGAGAGUUCACCAGUUUCUUUCUGGUUUUUGCUUCUAUUUUUGUGUUUAACUCUGGCAAACACCUGUCACUCUGGCACUGAAGUCACUGAAUAUCCUGUGGGGUCUAUACAGACGCGACUCCAGAUUACACAACAGGCUUUUAUUUAAAUGUAGUUUCUUACACUGAACUCCACCUGAUCAAUAGGAAAAAGUGCAUAUAUGCCGUUUGUGUUCCUUUGCAACAUGAAAGGGACGAUUUUUUUCUACAAAAAAGAAAAAAGCUAAUAAAAACAACCAAAAUGUG